UACAACUAGAAGCAGUCAAUGAGGGGCUGCAUCUCAGUGCAUGUCUGACUCACUUUGCUAUCUUCACCAAACUUCGGGUAGAAAUCCACAGAUAAUGGAUCGGAGAAAACGGAAGUCUACGCUCGAUAACUACAUAGAUAGUCUCACUGAUCCACCGGAAAAGCUGAAGAAGAUCUCGGAAUUCUAUCAAAGCCUUCGACAGUUCUACAAAAGAAAAUGGAAUGCUCCGCUGAGGCUACCAACGGUUCAAGGUGUGGAAGUAAAUCUCUACCGACUUUAUGAUACCGUUAUGGCCUUGGGAGGCUGGCAAAAGGUGGCAAUGCAGGAGAAGUGGGCUGAUGUAGCGGAGAUGCUUGGCCUUGGGGAUGAUGUGAUUGGAGGAGAUCAUGCGAUCAAACUUCUUUACAUGAGAUACCUUUCCAAAUAUGAGCAAAUCGAGACCAUUGGUGAUAUUGAUGACAUGCUGGACGGCGAAAUGUCGCGCUCUCGUGGGAGGCAAAGCUCGUUUUUUGCUACGAAUGACUGUCCAAUUGGAAUGGGACGUACACAUGAAUAUAUACGUCGAGACGAACGAGGAAAUCCCUCAACAGAGCCUGAUUACGGUAGACUUUCAAAGUCACUCCUGAGUGGUUUACCCAACGAGGUUGAUUUUGCAAUGAACGUAUGUACGUUACUGUCCCAUCCCGGUCCUCGUCUGCUCAGACUUAGCCAUGCACCCAACAUGAUCACACUUCUCGUUGCUCAUUGUGGCAUUUUUGACGACGAGGACGAAGAUCUAUCGGAUCUUGCCAAAGUAUGGCGCGAUAAUGGUGGACGUGACUUCACUUCAUUUUGGGCUUCAGCAGGAAUUCCUAACGACUUGCUCGAAAAGUUCGCUCCUCAAGCAGUAGGAAAAGUGGUCGAUCCCGAUAGUGAUAUGCUCACAGGCUUGGUGAAGGAGUUUGAUGUGAAAGAUCCUAUGUCUUGGAGGAUUAAUCAGGUUUCGACUAUUGUGAGAAACUUGUCAUUUGAACCAAUCAAUCGUGUGACAAUGUCUCAGUGUUGGCCGCUGUUCAGAUUCUUGUUUCUAUGCGCGACCAGCAAAUGGGCACCACUUUAUACGGCGGCUUUGGACACAUUAAGCAAUCUAGCAUGCGAUAUAGACUUAACGUGGCAGAAAAUGGUCCACUGCGCUGACCAUGCUCUCCUCCGGAUUGUUAGAGAGGGAAUCUUCAGCACUGACAAAUUUAAACUUAUCCGUUCGAUGGAAAUUCUUACUGCUUUAUGCAGUUUUGAAGGGAAUGAGGCCACAAUAUGCGAUUUUCUUGACCGCAAGAUCUUUGAGCAUAUUCUCAACAUUGUUUGCAUCAAAGACAUAAUGAUGUGUGUCUAUACCCUGGAAUGUUUAUACCAAAUUUCCGAAAUGGGAGAUGUUGCGUGUCAACUGCUUGCUGAGUUGCCUCGAGCCAUUACUCAACUUGUGUCUAUGGCUACACUUGAAGCUGUCAGCUUCGGGCCAGCCGGACUUGCUGGUAUGAAAGUGGUGGAGUAUCAGCCAACCCAUAUGGUGCAGCCUCACCCUCAGCAGCAUGGCCAGUAUGCUGUUCAACACCAUCAAGCGCAGCAAAUACAGCAGACGAGAGUGCUUUAUUCUGGAAGCACGCAGAUUGCUGCCCCACCACAACAAAUGCGACAUCUUGUACAGCAGCAGCAUAUGCAACAUCAACAGAAUGUUCACAUGCAACAAACUCAACAUCAUGUGUCUGCUAUCCCGCAAACGCCAAGGACUCAUUUUGCUCCUGCAAGCCAGGUUGCUGGUGUAGCUCCUGCCGUAACAACUGGAACGGAAAAUAAGGUCGAUCAAUUAACUGAACAGUGGAUCCGACAAAACUGCAUCCUUGACCGUAAUUCUGUUACACCACGAGGAGAGCUUUACGCAGCCUACGUUGAUGAUCUACGUAAUCAGUAUCAUUCACUUAGUGGCAGCCUUGCAAUGUUUAGCAACGUAAUGAAGAGUAUCUUCCCUGAGCUGGUGUUCAGAAUGGCUGACAAUGGACUGAUGAUGGUUGCCCAAGGUAUCCGAUUGGUCAAGCCUCAUAGGCUUGCACCUGCUGCCUCCGCUCAAGUUGUGCCGGGGACUAUCGCUAUGCCUCCUAAUGUGAUACCUAGUGUGAUCGCUACUCCCAUUAUCCCGUCUGCUCAACCACCGCAGCCUCCUCCUCACUCUGCGACUAUCGCUGCACAUCCUUUGAUGAAGCAGAUCCUCACGAAAAACGCCCAAGCGUCUUUGGUGAACGGAGUGAAUGGUGUAGCGACAAGCAAUCCAUCGUCGCGUUGCGCUUCUCCUGCUGUACAAAGCAAUGUUGAGCACAAAGAAGAAGACCAGCAGAAGGGUGUAGUUGCUAAGGAUACUAGUGAUCCUAAGAAUAAAAGCAAUGGCCAGAAUGGAAAGGAGCAGAACGGUACGGCUACAUCAGAAGAGGAAGCGAGCGACGAUGAGAAAUCCACGUCUCGCAAAACCUCUACGAGACGGAGUUCAGAAUCAGUGCUGCAGAGUUUGAUCGAGCCAACAGCUGAGUACAUGUGUGAAUGGGACGGUUGCGCUGCUUUAUUCGUUACCGCUUCUUCUGUCCUUUCACAUGUUGCCAAAGAACACGUUCUAGAGCACGGUGAACAGGUCUGUCAAUGGCCUGGAUGUGAUGGAACACUCAGGAGCAGAUGGUCACUGAUAACGCACGUUCAAGAUCAUCAUGCCAAUGAAACAGUGCUGAAAAUGGCUCUGCAACGGAGAAGAGAUGGGCUUGCUCCCGCUCUGCCGAUUCGAUAUAAACAAGAGCUACCUCGAGAAGUCCCGCAUCAUCCCGGCUAUAGCAAGCAUGCGGCUAUAGAAGCGAUAAGAAGACACGCAUUCAACUUCCUCCCUCGGGAUAUCACGGAUGAGCCGGAAGGUCCAGUCACCAAGAGUAUCCGCUUGACUAGCUGUUUGAUACUAAGAAACCUCGCUCGAUAUUCCGCUACCGGAAGACAUUUACUGCGACGACAUGAACGCCAUCUGUGUUGGUUGGCAUUGUCACGGCUAGAAAGCAGUCAUGCACUAGCUCAGCUUUUAUCUGAACUCCACGAACAGGAUACUCUACCAAAUUCACAAAGUUCAGCACAUCUUCCUCAGCUCUGCCAAUCUCAUGCAUCUUGAAAACCAUUGCUGAUUGUCCAGUCAAUAACCGCCAUCUCCUUGCGGCGAGCUUUGAACUUUGCUUUUGAUUUGAUCUGCAGUCAAACUGUAUCAUAUGGAAUCUUUCUAUCUGCCUGUACCAUCACAUGCUUAAACGUUUCUGUGAGAACAGUUGAUUUUAAUUAAAUUCUGCUUUUCACGUUGCUUUAAAUCCAGCUAUAUCCAAAUACAAGUAGUCUCUCCACUCACUUAACGUACGUGUUGAUUGUGUUCUUUACAUAACUCCACUGUAAUAUUCUUCUACUAUUAGCUCGGCGUUCGAACAUGUUUCUUAUGUGACUUCCACGGGUAUAUUGUCAACGCAAACUUUCUAGCCGAGUUUUAGGGCGUUAUGCAGUGAGCGAUUUUGAGUGUGGAGAAGUUUUUGAGAAAGCUUGUAAUUACUGAAUAAUCGAAUUGGCAGCUCGCUACUUCGCUCACUGAUCAUAAGCCUUUCUAACUCUUCAUAUGCUGAUUUUUGUACCUUAUGUCGUGCUGAUUCUCCCAUCUUUUUACUGAUCAGAUUGUGCUGCAUGGUUGUAAGGAUUUUAUGGCUUGUUCACAUGGAAGCUGCUUUGUAAAGUACUUGACCAGCUGUCCAGAGCUAUCGUCUGUUUGUAUGGCUUUACUAGCAGGACAGUUCAGAUGUAUGUUUGAAGGCAUUUUCUUUGCACUAGAGGCCAAAUCGUACUUAAAUGUCAGUUUUAAUUUAUUUUUGCCAAACGAUGCCAAGCUCUGUCAUCGUUAAGCCUUGUUUCGUUUUUGCCGUUAUAAAAAUAAAAUUUGUUUU